AAUGUUUCUCACCGGCCGACUAUUUCGUUGCACGGUCUCCUGUUUACAGACCAACGUGGGUAACUCGGCUGUGACAGAACUUUUAUGCCAUGGAUGUAUGAAAAAAUACUAGAAGUCACUAUCAUCUGUUUUUAUUUGUUUUAAAAUGGGUAAAAAGCGCCAAAGCGAAGACUCUGCGGAGUCAAACACUCCGGUAAAAAAAGAAGUUCCGGAGUUCAAUGGAACUGUGUUUAAAGCCAUGCUAAAGGAGCCGACCACAGCCAUGAAGGGCCUCGAAACGUUCAUUUCAACUGCUAAGAAGCUGCCAUGCCCUGACGUGUACGACGUGGUGGAAGGUUAUAUCAAAAUCUCCAUGGAGUGUGCGGAAAUAUUCAAAUUGCUGGAUGGAGAAAAGAAUAUAGCGAGCGAGAUGAUGCCAAUUUUUGAGAGCUUGGAGAUGAUCCUUCUAAGGACAGCGAGUGACUUGUCACACUUCAGCAUGGUUGGCAAUGCUGUUGUGAAAAAGAUCCUUUCUAGCUACGUGAAACUACUGCAGACAUCUUUCCAAUCAGAAAAUCACAGGUUUGUCCGUCAGUGCCUCAGUCUCCUGUCCGCCUCGGUGUCUCAGGGUCCAGAAGCUGCCAGGGAGGUGCUAAGUCACAUUCACAUCAAUAAAGCUCUGUCUGGACUGGCGAGGAGAAAGGACAAGAAGGGAAGACCCGAUGUCCGCAUGGCUUUUAUCCAGUUUGUGCUGUCCUUUUUGGUGUCUGGAGAUAUUGCUACCGUUGGACAGAUAUUAGAAAGCAAAGAACUCCUGCCAGAGAUCCUGAGCACAGGUCUGAAGGAGGACAGGAUGUCCAUAGUCAAUCUGAUUCUGUCCACACUGAGGACUAGAGUUGUGCUUAACAAGGCCAUAACUAAAACACAGAAAGUGCGGUUCUUUACACCUGCUCUCCUGGCCAACAUAGCAUCCCUGUAUAAAUGGAAUGGGAUUGUGGACGCAACAACUGAUGAUGACAGAAUGUCAGAGGACCCAGAGCAUGCCGCGAUAUCUGUCAUCCGGGAACUCGUCCACGGUUUCCUUCUCGACCUGUGUUGCUCUCGUAAGCAUGGCAUCAUCUUUCACGAUGCAAGCUUCGGCACAGCUGGAAGAGCUGGCAACAUUGUCUUGCUUCAGUUCCUGGCGGGGCAGAAGCAGGCGACGGAGGAUGAGUUGGUGGCGGAGCUGGUGGUGAAUGUCCUGAAAGCGUGCCCUGACAUGCUGGCCAGAUACUUUAAGGAGUCCCAGUAUUCAUACACCCCCCGCCUCAAAAGUGCUUGGCAAGACAACGUCAAGUUACUUAAAAAGAUAUACGAAGCCCAGCCAGACAUUUCCUCAGUGUUCCAAAGUUGUGAGCUCAUCCCCCUCCCUCGCCUGCUGUCCAUGAUCAUGGUGAUAUCUCUUCCUCCGGUCUGUAACAAGACAUUCUUCACACAGGGCCUCAGUCUUUGCAACACAGCAGUGCAGCUCACAACUCUCACCACGAUGCACUUCAUCUUGAAAAGAGCCAAUAAGAAUAUGGAGUACCUUAUGAAGGAGUCUGAGUGGCACAGCUCAGAUGUCUACACUCUAGACAUGAUGGAGGAUUUGGUACUGCGGUACCGGGAGACACUCAGCAAGAUCUUGCCUGAUACGACGGCAUUAGUUUCAAAGUGGCAGCUGCUUAGCAAGAAAGAAAAGACGGAGGACGAAGAAAGCAAGACCAAAACCGAAGGAGGGGUCGAGCAGAAGGACAAUAAAGUGCCUGCAGUUCCAGAGACAGCGGAGGUAAUCCUGCUGAAGACUCUGAUUCUUCAGGUCUUGUGUCUUUACCAGAAGGUAGUGCCACAUCUGGUUAGCCAGUGCAAAUUUGACUUCAGCAAGCUCUUAAAAGGGAUUGUGUCAGAGAAAGGAAUGAGAGAAGGAGUUCCCCCAGUGUUGCAGUACCAAAUACUGCAGUUGGCCUUAGAGCUCCCUGCAAGCAAGUUCUCCUGGUUUCACAUUCAGGAUGUUGCAGAUACCGAACCAUCAUCCGGAGAGAAGUCUGUACUCUACCUGCUUCUCAAAAUGUUUGUCAGCAGCAGCAGCAGCCACCUGACUACAUCCACACGGAUGCUGGUUCUAAAAGUGCUAAAGGACAGUGGCGUGUUUGACUACACCUGGACUGAGCUUGAGAUUUGGCUCGACCAGCUGGCCAGAUUAGAAGAACGCCAACAGGAGAUUGUCAUUCAGUUCUUGGAGAGGGUAUUAGUGAGACUGGUGUGUAACUCUUACACAUACACUGAUAAGGUCGCCAGCCUGGUCCAGGAGGCCGCUUAUCUCCAAGCCAACCUCAGUGGCCCGGACGGCGACGCUGUCAGCAUCCCAGUCUCUCACAUAGAUGAUGUCUUGGACAUGCUGGAUGUCAUUAUGGAGGGUAAUGAAGGUGAGAUGGAGGAGCUUGGGCCAUCUCUAAACGAAGACCUCAUUACCCAGACGUUCCCCUUCAGUGGGAUGGUACCUGCUGCUCUGGAGGCCCGAAACAAACUUUCAAUAGGCACCGGAGUGGUAUUUGAGUACUUGUCCGCGGUGCUUUCAGAUGUCCUGCACUGCCAGAGGGAGCCGCUCCCCCUCUGUUUGGCGUUGCUGCAGUACGAUAAAGAACUCGUGUCUGCAGAGCACUCUGCCUCUCCUCAUCCAUCUGUCAUCCACCUACAUCAAUAUUACUCCCAAUGGCUACCACAGCCGUGCCGGGAGCAACUGUUCCCAUCCUCUGAAUGCGAUUCUAUGGUUUUGUCCACACACACUUCAUUUAAUGCACUGAUGAAAUCUGCGUACAGCCAAGGACCAAACACUUUGCUCGAGGUCACCUUCAAGGAGAAUGUGGAUGGAGCCCUCGCUUCCAUGUCCAUGGCAGAUUUUCCAGUAGCCAUCAAGCAGAUGUUACUUUACAUCAAAUCAACAGUGGAAAACAUUGGCACAUUCUCUAAAGACACAGGAACAGCCCCUCUGAAGGCCUUAAUGGGAAUACUUCUUGAUUUGGUGAUCAAGCUACACAGCUUUGAGGAGAGUACAAGUUCUGAGCCAGCAGCAGAGAACUCCCCAGAAGGAUCCAACCUCUUCCUGGAGAUCAACCAGUCAUCCACAGUGGAAGGCAACAAAGAGAAGAUCGUGGUUUCUGCCCUCGGCUCCAUCUUCAAGCAUCCGUGUUUUGAGCAGUGGUUUCUUGCUCUGGAGCUGGCUGCCCUGCCUCCUCACACUCUGAACCCCGUCAGGCUAAAGCGUCUGUGUGCUCAGCUGAGCGAUGGCAUUCUGGCGUUGCUGAAGAGCAGCACCCCCGCUCUCUCCGAUCUCGGUGGCCUGGGGCUCAUUAGUAGCUACGUGGGGGCCAUAGAAAAGGCUGUGCUCAAGGAACUGGAGGAACUGGUAGAGUCUGGCUCCCCAGCGCCAAAUAAACAUUCCCGACCUUUCCAGGCCCUGCUGUCUUUGCACCGCUACAUGGACCCCUGCAAUCUCAGAGAGGUGGUGUCCAAGCUGCUGCUUCUGCCCCAGGAUAGCCUGAUCUCCCCCAGAGCCGAGCUCAGCGUUUACGGUGACGCAGCGCUGCAGAUCCUCACCGAGUCCAAAGCCAACCCUUCCCAGGAGCACGGCAUCUGUCUGUCUCAAGCACACCUGCACGGCCUUAGCACCCUGCUACUUUCCUGCUCCAGCUCUGCUCUGGAGGCCUUCCUGCUGCACACUCUGUCUGGUGAGCCUUACCGCGCUAAGCUCAUCCACACCGAUGUGCUGCUGCACUGCCUCCAGUGGCCUCGCCCAGGCACUCAGGCCAUCAGCUCUCUUCUGCUGCAGAACUGCUCCACACACCGCCUGUGCUUUGAGAUGUGGUGCUUAGAGCCCACAAACACGGAGAAGCUCUCGAAUCAGACGGAAACAUUCCUUCCACUAAUCAACACCUACCUGCAGGUGGCACGUAGAGAGGACCCCGCCAGGCCGAAAGAUGUGCAAAAGAAAGUCGUAAAGGCCUUGAAGCAAGCGCUGCUUGCCAAUUUGUCCCGAUGUGUUCUGGGAAAUCUGACGGAAGAUUCUGGAGCCCAGCUUGCUGUAACACUGACCAAUCUGAUCGAGCUCUCUGAAAGCAUCAAGGACACCGGGGACUUGAUCAGCUCUCUGCCCAGUGCGCUUCAAAAAGUGGACAGUUUUGAAAGAUGGCAGCUAGUAGAUGUGAUCACUGAGAAACUGUCCGAUUGCCCCGAAGAACAAGACACCUGGAGGAAGUCUGUGACCACUGCUGCCCUAAAGUGUCUCAUCGCCACCUUCAGUCGCUCUAAAGAUGAGGACACUUUGUGGUCAGAGCAAGAGCGCAGCCUCCUGGAGAGACUGCAGGGACUCCUGACAUCCCCCGAAGACAUCACUGCAUCUGAAUGGAACAGCUUUGUCAAGAACGGACUAAAAUAUCGCUACAGAGAUCCUCACUUUCUGAACACAUUGAGCAACCUGUUGGAAGUAAUGUACAGCAGCAGCGAGGUCCACAAGGAUCUCAUUCCCUUAUCCACCCUUCACAUGAUGACCAGCAGCCAUUCUCUGUUCCUGCCCACUAUGUUGGACUGCGCUGAAGAUUCUAGUGUGCGCCAGGCUAAAGAAGCCCUUGUUUCCCUACUUCUCCGUUUGGUGAAGCAAAGCCCAACCGUCUGUAACAUGAACCACUUCGUUGUUCUUUUGGGAGCCUAUGGAGUUACGCUGAGUACUUCAGAUCAGAAAAUAUUGAUGCUUCUUCAGGAAUAUGAAAGAAACGAUGUCAGUCUGCUGAAAUUCCAGUCGUUCUUGUGGGGCCCAGCAGCUGUGGAGCACCACAAGACCAGGAAAAGUCUUGGAGCUUCUUUGUGGAAGCAAACGAGCUCAGACGACGUGUUGGCUCUGCUGAAAAGUGACAAGAUGCUCCAAACGAUUGCACACUUUCCCCAGCAACGCAGAAUCAUCCGGCAGGAUAAUAAAGAGCGGCUGUACUGUAACAACGCAAUGAAGGACCUUGAGAAUUUGUAUGAUCCACGUUUUCUUUUGCCUUUGUUCAGCAGCAUUCUGCAGCCAGAGUGUGUGAUUGACUGCCUGAAGUUCGUAUCCAGUCAUGCCUUUGGUGUUACCGUGAUGGCUCUAAGUAGCUAUGACUCAAAGAUGAGAGCAGCGGCGUACCACGUGCUGAGCUGCUUCUACCAACACUUGGAGGGUGCUCGGUUCAGAGAGAAGAGACAGUUGCUGUACUUGAUGGACAUAGCGAGGAAUGGAAUUCGGCAGCAGAAUCAAAGACUUCCAUUUCUCCUGACCACCUACAUCACCAAAGCGGCUCAGCAGAUGCUCAAACCUGAGGACCACAUGUACAUGGUUUUGAACCGGUUUCUGCUGUCUCAUCAGAGUUUGGACUUCAAAAGAGUCCCUGAGUUCUUCAAGCUAUUCUAUGGCUUUGACUUAGAGCAUAAAAUGGAACGGGAGUGGAUCUUGAGUGUGCUGGAGGAAGGGAUAAGUGACUCACUCUGCUAUGAAUUGUGUGAACAACAGGGCAUCUUUCAGACCCUUUUAGGUUUCGGCAGCAGCCCCCUGUGUGACGAACGCUGCCAGGCACAGAUUAUCAGGGUGUUAUGCCAGGCUGCCCGGGUGACCCGAGCAGCUUAUAACCUCACCAAGAGCUGUGGGCUUCUAACCUGGAUAGUACAGAUGGUAGAAAAAAGGAAUCUUGACCAGCAGCUGCUAAGUGCCAUCAUAAAUCUGCUCCAUGUGCUGUGGUUUACCAACCUGGGGGAGAAGGAGAAGGAGAAGCCGGUGGAUGAAGCCGAGGCCUCCUCAUCCACAGGGGAGAAACCUCAGAGCUCAGUGAAGUGUCUUCCUCUACCACUCAUCUGUGAAUUCCUGUGUGUGGCAUCAACCAUCAGCAGUCACCUCAGGUUGCGUAUGAAGGCUGCUCAGCUCAACUUGUUCCUGCAGACGCUUUGCUCCGUACUGAAGCAUUGUGAGACAGCUGUCAAUGCAAACAAACGGGCACAAUGGCUAACGCUCCACCCACAGCCUCUCUCAUGCACCGAAGCCCUCACUUUGCUGCGCUGUUGGGCGUCCUUGUCCCGCAACACGGCCCUGCUCGCCCAAAUACAGGCCCUGUCUGAAAAACACAAAGUGCGGGAAUUGCUGGAGAUUCGGAAGGAUAAAGCCAGAGGCUCCUUUUCCCAGUUCCACACACGAAAAGAGAUCCUGGCAGACGAUGCUGACACUGAGAAACAAGAAGAGAGUCUCCUGACAGAGUGUAAACGUUACCUCGGCAGUAUCCUUGUUCACUGGGAGCCUGUGUUUCCCCUCUCUGAAGCUCAGCCGGACGAAACGAGGGACAAACUGGAUCCCAGUCAGCUGGCUGGUGAUACAGCACACCUGCUCACCAAGUGGUGUCUGAGGUGCUUGGUGGAGGGCUCGUAUGAUGGAAAAAGAACAAAUGAGUUCUUGCACUGGGUCCAAAAAGCUGUGAUGGAGCACAGCGAAAUGGUGACUGCUGUGCUUCUCGAUUCUGAUAUGAAAGCGGACUUCCUUCGACUUUACAAUCAGGCCUUUGAGGCUCAGUGUUCCUUCAGCCUUUCAGCGAGAGCUGAAACCCUUCAGCUGUUUACCACCAUUAUGAUACGUUUGCUAGAGGCCCAAGGCGAGCUUCCAGAGCAGCAUCAGACGGUCGUCUCUGCCUGUCUGCCGGAAGACACACCUGAUCCGUCUAGACGUGAAGCAGGGCUGUUUCUCUUUUCAUCGUACAUCCAUGAGCUGUGGAGUGGAGCCGCGUCAGCGGAGCUGUUCCUGUCUCACGUCAGCUUGGUGACCAGAGCCAAGAGUAAGAAACGGAACGCGUCCAAAUCACCCCAGACUCCAGCAGCCGUCACAGCCCUCUGUCAUGAUAUCAUGACCAUGAAACGUUAAAUAUUAAGAGAAUAUGACCGUUCGCCUAACAAACUUAAUUCAAAGAAAGCUUGUUUUCAUUUAUUUUGCUUUUUUGUUUGGUGAUUGUAAAAAGAUGAUGGUAUUUCGUAAAAUCCUGUUAUAAAAAUGUUGAUUUACA